AAGACCACCCCCUCCCCUAGUGGAUCCCCCUAAUCCUGCCUCACCCCUUUUUCAUCCCUGCCCCAUCCCUGUGCCUGGACCGCUCACUCUCUGCAGCCCCCAGCCACAGUCUUACUCUCGCCCCAUUCCAACUGAGGUACGGACUUCUUUGAUACAGCACUACUUUUUUCAGAUUCUUGUAAAAGAAGGGUGGAAAAUCUCUUGGCCUCUUUACAUAAUUGAUAAGAGGGGUGAGAGAUUGCUUGGACUAUUAUGUGUAUUUUCCAUCGUUCCAUCCUCUUCCUUAUUGUCCAAUUUUCCUCCUCCUGCUCUCUUUGACCUGCAGCUAAAAAAACACAGCAAUGUCCACCAACGAGCGUUUCAACUGCCAUUACUGUAAAGACUCCCUUUUGGGGAAGAAGUACAUAAUGAAAGAGGACACGCAGUACUGCACUAAGUGCUACGAGAACCUGUUCGCUAACUGCUGUAAGAGCUGCUCUUUAGCAAUUGGCUGCAACUGCAAGGACUUGUCCUACAAGGAUCUUCACUGGCAUGAGCAAUGUUUCAAGUGUGCAAAGUGUAGCCGAUCCUUGGUGGAAAAGGCCUUUGCCGCUAAAGAUGAUUUGUUGCUUUGCACCGAAUGCUACGCCCACGACUAUUCUUCUAAGUGCACCACCUGCAAGAAAACUGUCAUGCCAGGAUCCCGUAAAAUGGAAUACAAGGGGAACAGCUGGCAUGAGACCUGCUUCCUGUGCCACCGCUGCCAGCAGCCAAUAGGAACCAAGUCCUUCAUCCCAAAAGACACCAGCUACUUUUGCGUGCCCUGCUUUGAGAAGCAGUUUGCCUACCAAUGUUGUGCUUGUAAGAAGGCCAUCACAACGGGUGGAGUGACCUACCAAGACAAGCCCUGGCACCGCGAGUGUUUCCUAUGCAUCAGCUGCAGGAAGCAGCUGUCGGGUCAGCGCUUCACCUCCAGGGAAAACUACCCCUACUGCCUUGAAUGCUUCAGCAACCUGUAUGCAAAGAAGUGUGUGGGCUGCACCAAGCCCAUCACAAGUCUGGCAGGGGCCAAGUACAUCUCUUUUGAGGAGCGCCAAUGGCACAGCGAGUGUUUCACCUGCAUUCAAUGCUCUGUGUCGCUGGUGGGCCGCGGGUUCCUUACCCAGCGCGACAACAUCUUGUGCACCGACUGUGGCAGGGAGAAGUGAUCUUUCAAUGCAGGGGGGGGGGGUCACAGGUUUAUCCUAAUAAUAAUGAGAGCUCCUGUUCUGAUACAGAUGCUGUGUAUCCCUAAAUAUUUCUUCUUCUUCGCAUACCUGGUACAUAAACAUUGUCUGAACGUCAAAUGCUUAUUUUGUUGUUGUGUAAUUAGUUCUCUAACUUUGCUCACACACAAAAAUGGUGAAGUUAGGGCGGCAUUGUUCCAUUGUUGAUGAAUGUUUUCUUUGUUGGUUAAAAUAAAAACAAAAUCUUUUUUAUUAGAGAUGAAAGCGAAAAAUCAAUUAAUGAAUUAAUCAACAUACAAAUGUUUGUUUUGGCUUCUAAGUUAGGAUUUGACAUUUUGUCUCCUUCAUGACAGUGAACUGUAUAUGUUCAGAUUUUGGACUUUCGGUUGUAUUAAGAAAGACUCUUUGAAGAUGUCA